UGAGCCGUUGAUUGUUGUCCAAUGAUCGUUUGUCUGCAUUCAGAAGGGCGGAGCUAUAAUUUGAAUAUCGGAGUCUAGAUAAGCCGGUGCCGGGCGCACCUCCUCAUUCUUCAGUUGAACUCGAAGAAGAGAAAACCAUGCCUGAGCCCGCCAAGUCCGCCCCGAAGAAGGGCUCCAAGAAAGCCGUGACUAAGACGGCUGGUAAGGGAGGCAAGAAGCGCAGAAAGUCCAGGAAGGAGAGCUACGCGAUCUACGUGUACAAGGUGCUGAAGCAGGUCCACCCCGACACCGGCAUUUCUUCCAAGGCGAUGGGCAUCAUGAACUCGUUCGUCAACGACAUCUUCGAGCGCAUCGCCGGUGAGUCGUCCCGUUUGGCUCAUUACAACAAACGCUCCACUAUCACAUCCAGGGAGAUCCAGACCGCCGUGCGCCUGCUUCUUCCCGGUGAGCUGGCCAAGCACGCCGUGUCCGAGGGCACCAAGGCCGUCACCAAGUACACGAGCUCCAAGUAACAAGUGACGAAAAACUUCAUCAAACCCAACGGCUCUUUUAAGAGCCACCCAAGUUUCCACUCAAAGAGCUUACUUUUUCAGUUUCUGUGAAGGUGGGAAGAAAAGAUGAACAAAGGUUCUGCUGCAUUUCAGUCAGUUUUCCCACGUAGUUACUCUAUUGGUAAUGAAUGGUAAGGCUUGUAGUAAAAUAAGUUAUAUAAAUGUAAACGCACAUACACGCGCAUCCUUUGCUGUAUGUAUACAAACAAAAUGUCUAUGUUCUAGUUUGUGAUCUGCAGUUUGUUCUACAAACACCUGUAAAAUACAGGAAACGUCCAGACUUUCAAUUAUAAUGCUUCUAAACCUCUUCAAUUUUUUUCCCUUUUUUUACACGCAUGUAUGUUUUUAUGAAUAAAAAUCAUUGUGUGCACAUUUGUUUGAAAAUAUAAAUUAUGGGUAAUAAAUGAAUAUACAAAUGAAGGUUAUAUUGUAUGCCCUGCAGAAGUAUGUUGAAGGUAGAGUGAGCAAUUUUGUUUUUUUUGUUUUUUUCUGUGUAUUAUUGUUGUUAUUGUUUAUGAAAUGAAUAAAAAUGACAUAAGAGUAAGUUAAAGUAGGUAAUAUGCUAGGCCUUAUUAUGUCUGUGAUGUACAGCCAGGCAUUAGACUCAUGAUGCAGUUAGUUAGUGUGAGAACAAGAUGUUAUAGUGCUACAGUUAAAGAAUGUCAAAGUAAUCUUAGGGCAGGGCC